CAGGUGCACUGAAGGAAAUGAGAGAGCUGAAGUGAGUGAUAUCUACACACUCAAGUGGAAGGACUUUACCUGUUUGCCUGAAUCUCCAUGAUGUCAUCACAGCACAAGACAAACAGCCCAGUAAUGGUGUAUGGAAUUAGUUUUGUGCUUGGAGCAGUGGCUGGAUGUACGCUGGGAGCCACGGAAGUACCAGUGAAUCAAAUUAUGACAGGCAUCAUCUCAGGAACCCAAAUGGAACCCAUCAUAUCUGGCAUUAAGAGCGUUGGGGCUCUGGGACUGGGCUCACUUCUCGGAACUACUGCUCUCAUCACAUCAAUGACAUCGCUGGUAACAGGGGUCAUCAUAGCCGCUUUUGUGGCCUUGUUUCUUUUAAGAGUGAGGAAGAGUGAAGGAUGGGUGGCGGCAGGACUGGCCGCGGCCCUCGCCACAACUUUAAGUGGUGCAGCGUUAGGGGCCAUCACUGAAAAACUGAGCAUGAUGUUCGGGAUGGUCAGCCUGGUUUGGGCAUUGGGGAUUUUCACAGUCUUGAAACUAUUAAUGUACACCUUCAUUAAGUUUACAUGCACAGAACAGGAAUUAUGUGGAAUUUUUACUGAACUUAGCAGGAAAGAACAGGCGAGACUACUUGCUAUGGAAGUAGAUCGAAGACAGCGGUUAGCAAUCGAAAUGGAACAGCGGAUUACUGCCUCCAAGUUGGAGAAACCGGAAAAGGAAAGUCUAGCUGCUUGGGAGGCCCAACAAAGAGAAAGUGAAGAAAUAAGGAAACAGCAAAGGAAGGCUGUUGAACUGGAAAUGCAGCAGAGGACGUCUCGACAACGGCUGCUCAAAGCGGUGGACAAAUACAUGGAAUUUCUUGCAUUAUCUGGCAUUCCGAUGACUGUGACUGCAUUUGUGACCACUGGCUUAGGCAUCUUUGGGUUUGGAGAUUACAGAUUUGUUUUUGUUGUCCUGUUAGUUUUGAUGUUGUGCAUGUCAUUUUGGCUCAUGAGAUCACGGCGUUUGAACUUUUGGAUGUUUAUGGGAUGCGUGGGAAUGUUUGCCACAUUUGCCAUUGCUGUGCUGACUAUUCAUGCCGGCCAGGAGGUGGCAGGCAUGUCUGUAAAAAUGCGUAUGGCAGGAAAAAACAUAAGCAAGGAGAAUGUUGGCAUCUGGAUGACCCAUGAAUCCUCCGUACAGGCGAUUUCUGCAGGAUUCUUUGUGUCAGAAGUGUGUCAAGUUGCUUUAGGGGCAACAGUCGCUGGUCCAAUGGCACGAGAAGCUGGAGGAAAGGUGAUUGUGGGGGCGUCUAUAAUUGCGGUGGUUGUUUUGAUGAUAGUUAAAGUGUCAUUGCUGAUGCUGGGAGUAGGUGGUACGGCGGGGGCUUUGUUGGGGGCUGUUGGAGCAGCUGGUGUGUCCAUGGGAGGCGCUGCAGCUGUAGCAGUGAAAUCGUCCUCAUGGGGAGAAACAAUUGUGACCACCGCUGGGAUGAUCUUUGGGUUUUUGGUAUUUGGAAAGUGGGACAUUGUUAAAAUAGGGCUUCAGGUGUGUGUGGCAUACAUUUUUGCCAUGACAAAUCUUUAUUGAAAUGUCACAGUGUUCUUUUUAUUAUUGGGAAGAAUGCCAAUCAGCCUCUAUAAACUUUAUAGCAGAGGAUGUAGUGCUUCAUAUCAUGAUUGUGCAGUCAUGUUUUAAACGUUGUGUCUUGUUAUUACACUUUGAUUGGGGUUUUAUGCUAAUAUCUAUAAGUUACUUAAAUUGAAAGAUACACAACAAAAAGCAUAUUCUUAGUAUCAUAUAAUGAGAAUCUUUAACUUGUUUUCCAGAAAAAAAAAAAUCUUAACCCUUUAAAGCCUACUCUAUCAUGUCUGAUACACAGAAUUCUAAGGCCUCCAACCUGAUCAGAAUUUUGCUGAAAAACCUGUUGCACAGAAUCUACUUCAUGCCUUUUGUCGUCUGAUUGAUAGUUCAGAAUUUAAAUAUCAUAUUACAGAGAAAUAAUAUUGCAGAUAUAGAGUGACAAGUGAUAAUUAUAUGAUUUUAUGUAAGUAGUCUCUUAUAUGAUUUUAAGUAGUUUAACUAUACUGUUAUAAAGAUUUGAUUUACAUUUACAUCUCAUUGAUUUACAUUACAAGCUAUCAGAAUUCAGAAUCUUUCUUUGUGUCCAUAUAAAUAUCAGCAACUGUACCUAAUUGCAUGUUUUUUUGCUAAUUUUGAGCCUCUUUUUUAUUUUUAUAUUUUGUCUGAAGGUUUAAAAGUUAUUAUAGAUUCAUAUUAUUUCAUAUUUCAGGCUUUACAGUGUUAAAACAAUAUCCAAUUUUUGGUAGACAAAAAAAAAAGUUUUGGAUAUUAAGACUUAGUGUCUUACAGAAGCGUAAUUUCACUUGUUUAAAAUACAUAAAUAAAGGAAAUAACAACUACACUUUACAAAAUUGAACAAUAGUAUGGUGACAGGUGUCAAAUAUUAAAAUUAAUUUGUCAGAAUCAUAGUUUUACUUGUUGCCAGUGAUAAAGUCUCAGAAUUCAGUUAUUCUUUUAAUAUUGAAUUUUGGCUAGAGAACAAGUGAAAAACUGUGGGAAAAAAAAACUUUAAAAAACUAACAUUACUUCAUAUUCUUCUUUUGAUAUCACAUGAACAGUAAUUACAAUAUUGAUGUUUUGUCUCUAACCUUACUGGUCAUAUAAUGUGAUAUAUGUAAUGAUUAAUGAUAAUGUAAUGAUUAAAGAGGGUGUCCUAUAGGUUGACACAUGUCAAUCAAUCCAUCUGGCGUUGUUAUUUACUUAUUAAACCAGAAAUUAGAUCUAUUUUCUCUCAAGGAUUGACAAAUUCAAAACAAUAAGUGACCACUAGAGGGUGGAAUACACCAUGAAAACCACUAACCAUUCAGUGCCAGUGUCUUCUACCAUUCACAGCAAUUUAGAAUCAAUCCGAACAACUGUAUGUUAUUCCAGCUGGUCAUAAACAAAACCUCAUCAAUAUAAGUGCAACCUUGCUCUUCAUGGAUACUGUAGAAUUUACAGCUUGACAGAAAUUUACAGUGGUAAUUUAUCACAAUGAGCCUCAUUCAUGACAUUGAACAUAACAUAAUUUCUUAAGAUAACACACAUAUAUGAGUAAAUUCAGACAGAAUUUGCACUUAUUAUGGGCUUUUCUGAUACACAAACACUUUGUUAACCUCAGUUUUGAUUAGUUAAACGUGUGUAUGUUAAAGUUGGCAUGAAACAGAAGUUGUGAUAGUCUUUUCUGCCCUGUUGUGAAGUAUUUUCUAGUGAAACGGCUCCUGGAACAAGAACAAAUGUAUGGCAGGGCUUGAUUUUGUCCGUGGGGAAUUGAUUGGAUGGUUGUGGUUUGCUGUUGGUAGAUCUCAUGUGAUUGACAGGUUGUCCCACCCUCGUCAUCAGAGAAGAGAAAAGAUGCUGCAAGAGGGAGGGGAAGUUAUUCUGAUUAAAGAUUACGAGAGCAGAUGAAUUAAAAAAUAUAAUAAUUUGAAUAACUAUCAUGAAUCUGAAAAUUUACAUCAAAAUGACUUUAUGAAAGAUUUGCACAAAAUUAAUUCUGCUUGUGUUUCAUGAAUGAGGCCCAUGGUGUGAUGAUAAAUAGAUUUUUUUUUAAUUCCAUCAAAUAAAAUGAAAGAAGAGGAGAAUAAGAUGGAACAUAUGAAUAAUUCUUUUAAAUUAUUGUCAUAUCUAUAAGCGUGUGCUAGACUAUUCAAAUUCCUUUGUUAUGUGCAACUUGAAUUUCUUUGAAUUAUUCCUGUCAUUCCAAUUUAACAUCCCGUGUUCACACUCAUGAACUGAAAGCGAGGCCUGUUGUGUCCAUCUCUGGUGGUCUGUGCUCUCAGGGCAAACAGUCUCAUUCUUUGGGUGUUUGGCAUAAAUGACAGAUACAUGUCAAAACACAUUAUACAAAUAUGUCCAUUCCAGAUUAAAACAGAGUUUAAAUCGAAUACUGAAUGCUCACAAGAUGCAGUUUGUCACUGUUGUUUUUUAAAGGACAUCUCCUGUCACUCGGCUCUCUGCAUGCGCACGUGUGAGGCGGGCACAAACUAGGACUGAGCAUGCUCAGAAUCCUCACACAACAGCAUCACUGUUCACAUAGCAACAAAGCUUGUUUGUGUCACUCUAGCGUGUCAUUUUGUUCUGUUUCUUAUUGUAAUUUAAUGAUUCGAUAAACCCAUCUGAUGCUGUUGCCUAAUUGGUUACCUAGUAUGCUAACUUAUGGAAUAAAUAAAUAAAUAAAUAAAUAUUGAAAUUUGACAUUUUGUGUUUAUAUUAUUAUCAUAGUUUUCACAUACGGUAUUUAAGGCAUGAUAAUUCAUAUUUUUAUGAUGAUUUUCCAAUUUUGAAAGUCUGAGUCUGGACAAGAGCACAACAAUAAAAUAUAUAAAAAGCAUUUGAAAAGUACAGCAAAAAUAA